ACUUUCAGCAGGAAAUGACACGAUUUGGGACGUAUUCUGUUUAUUUUGGCCACCUUUGGACACACUGAGGAAAGCAACACUACUAAUCCACGCUUUGGGAACCUGUGACUCAUCCGGUGUCCCGGGUCCACGCUGCUGUCCCUCCGCAAAGCGGGACUGCAGGGGCCACUUCACUCUCUGAAUCACCGCGUCGGACCGUAUGGAGACCAAGUCCUGCGUCUUGCGCGCAGCUCGAUGUCCUGGACCGGAUCCUAGAAUAAUACAGAGGAACAGACACUACCUCCUUCUCAGUGGGGACAUAAAACAUGUGAAGUCAGGGUGUCUCAGUCUGUGCCCACAAACUCAAACAGGGAACUCCCUCGACGUGUUGAGGCUGCUUUCUCCGCUGAGCGCACACUCCUCCAGCAUCCGUGAACAUGACUUCGGGUCUGUCUUCCUCUAAAGCCGUCUAUAUCGGGAUGGAGGUGGUGAUCGCCGUGUCGUCGGUCAUCGGCAACGUGAUGGUGGUCUGGGCUGUGCGUAUUAACCGGUCUCUGAGAGACACCACGUUUUGUUUCAUCGUCUCCCUGGCCUUGGCUGACAUUGCGGUCGGUGCUCUUGUCAUCCCCCUCGCCAUCACCAUCAGCAUCGGACUCCAGACGCACUUCUAUAGUUGCUUGUUGGUCGCCUGCACGGUGCUCGUGCUCACUCAAAGUUCAAUCCUGGCGCUCCUGGCCAUCGCCAUCGACCGCUAUCUUCGAGUCAAAAUACCCAUGAGCUACAAAAGGGUGGUGACUCCUCGGCGAGCUGGCACGGCUGUGUUAUUGUGUUGGCUGGUGUCCAUCAUAGUGGGCCUCACGCCCAUGCUGGGUUGGAAUAACCUGCAGUUUCUCCGUGACAACGGCUCCCUGAUCACUGAUGACCUCUUGGUGACCUGUGAAUUUGAGAGAGUCAUCAGUAUGGACUACAUGGUCUACUUCAACUUCUUUGGCUGGGUGCUGCCGCCUCUGCUCCUCAUGCUGGCUAUCUAUGUCGAGAUUUUCUACAUGAUCCACAAGCAGCUCAACAAGAAGGUGACAGCUAGCCACACAGACCCCAGCCGUUACUUUGGCAAGGAGCUCAAGCUAGCCAAGUCGCUUGCCCUCGUUCUUUUCCUCUUUGCGGUCAGCUGGCUCCCUCUUCACAUUCUCAACUGCAUCACCCUCUUUUGCCCCACCUGUGAAAAGCCCAUGUUCCUCAUUUACAUCGCCAUCAUCCUCACCCAUGGCAAUUCAGCUGUCAACCCCAUCGUGUACGCUUUCCGCAUCAAGAAGUUCCGCACAGCGUUUUGGAAAAUCUGGAAACAGUACAUGCUUUGUCAGGAUCCGGUUGGCCGGCUUCCUCAAAGAGGGAGCCAGAGAGGACAAAGUCAUGAGAGGAGGCUGAGGCAGAAUGAUGAUGACGAUGAUGAUGUGUGACCUUUGGCAACUAAUUGGAUUGCUGUGUAACUGUUGAGUUUCACUCCACUGGUUCACAGAAUGGGAAAGCUUUGUGUUUAAGGGAUUACCGGUCAGAAUGGUCUUAAUGGCGUUGCAGGAUGUCAGAGGCAUGAAAGAGGUGAGGGAACUCCAUUUUGGACUGACUGAUUUGCUCCAUCCAACACACUUCAAGAGGUCAGGAUGACAAAUCAGCAUGGAGAUGGGAUAAAUAUCAUAAAUCAGACUUUGAUUUAAGUAAGACUCCUCGUUAAUUUCCCUGCUGGCUAACAAAAUGAAGACGAUGUCAUAUGAGAUAAGAGGCCUCUCAUCAGGUUCAACACCUGUUGAGCUUGAAUCAGAAGGUGUAUAUCUGUAGCACAUGUGGUACAAGAGUAGUGUAUGCUGUAUUGUAUUUUUGACCUGAAUUUUCAUUCUCAAAACUCAUGGCCUUUUUUAUGUGAAUGAUUUCAAACAGUUGAGCAUUGUAAUAUUUGCUACAUUUACAUGCUUAGGUUUGUGGCCUUAAGGACAGAAAAUGUAAUGAAGAGGAACUGAAGCACUGUGCUGAAGUGUGAAUCUGGUAAACAAGUGGUGGGCAAGCAGGAAGUUUUCGCAACCAGCUUGGUGCUUUGACAUGGACCAGGACACAGGAUGUACUGUAUGCUGGCUGUGGGAAUGAAAAACAGUCAAAUUGACUCACUUGGAAUUUCAAUCCAGGAUCUUUGGUGCGAUCAACAUCUAGUUUGACUGUGCCGGUGUCUGUUGCGCAGUAGCUCAUCUGAAUCAUAGCCCUUACAGACGUGUGUUGCAAUGCAGCACAUGUGACAAUGGUGUUUUUGAGACCAUUGGACUGACAGAAUGACUAAUAAUAGCUAAUAGUUGCAGCUGAAAACAGCAUCCAUGCUAAAAGAAAAAAAUACUUGAUGCCCCUUUUUGAAUAUUUGUGGGCAUAGACAAUGGUAAAAAACUGUGAAGCCA